AUGGAUGCCACCAAUAAACCGUACGUAAAAUUCCAGCCGAACGAGGAGUACCUCGAGUCCCUCAUCUCCAUGGGCAUCUCCGAAAGUCACGCCCAAGAAGCCCUCUUUUGUACUGGCAACGAAUCAGUGGAAGCCGCUAUCAGCUACGUUUUCACGAACUUACUCCAAGAAGACAACGAGGACCCGAGCGUGGUGCAGAGGGGCGCCGUCGCCGAGAACUGCUAUGAAGAAUCUGCUAAGCGAUACAAAAUGUCAUUUGUGGUCAACACGGCUUUGAAAAUGGGAGUGGGGAAGGUGGCGGCUCAAGUGGCGCAUGCAUGUUUGGGGCUGUACCGGGAAAUGAGGAUAACGGGGGAGAAGGAGGACGCGUUGAACGAGUGGGAUUAUUUCGGGGAGAAGAAAAUCGUUUUGAAGGGGGACAACACCGAACACUUAGAGGAACUGUUCAAUAAGGCGAAAGAACUAAAUAUACCUUGCUAUUUAGUGUCAGAUUCCGGAUUUACACAAAUUCCAGCUGGGUCCGUUACCGUUCUCAGCGUUUUCGGGGACGAAGAUGAGGUUGAUGCUAUCACGGGAACCUUAAGCUUGUUAUAAUGACAAUAUGUUUUAAAUUAAUUUAUUUAUGAUAGGACCAGACUCCUUUGAUAUUGAUAGUAUUUAAUGUGUUGAUUUUUUAUUUUUUAUUUAUUUAUUGUAGAAGUAGAUGGUGACUCUGUAAGAAACACGGUUUAAAAUUUUCAACAUGAAAUCAACCUAGCAUGCGCAACCUUAGUCAGAUGUACAAUAAUGUGUAUACGAUCAUGGAAUAAACUUUUGUUGCAGAUGUA